AUGGAUAAGUCCCAAGCGCAGGAAUACCUCUCCUCGCUCCUCAACCAAAACCUCCGCGUGCACACCACAGACGGCCGCCUCUUCUGGGGCGCCUUCAAAUGCACCGACCCGGACAAAAACAUCGUGCUAGCAAACACGUACGAGUACCGCCAGCCCAGCCGCCCCCGGCUGGUGGAAGGUCCGGACGGCACCACCACGGAGGACAGGACGUCGCGCUAUCUGGGACUCGUCGUCGUCCCGGGGCACCACAUAGUCAGGAUGGAGCUGGAGGAGUUUGCGAGCCAGGUCAGCGGGCGCCAGGUUAUUUGA